AAAAAAAAAAAAGCACUUUUGGCUUUCAGUUAUUUCUCGAUUACUAGAAAGAAUUAUCAUUUCUCGUAUUUAUUGUUAAUUAUUUUCAUUUGCUUUACUUCUCUUCUGUUUUUCAAACUUUGAAAAAAAAAAAAUUUUAAAAUGGUUGAUGUUGCCGGGAAUGUUGGGGGUGCGGUGAGUCCUGUCCUUCAACUUGCCAAGUGGUUGGCUGCUCCGAUUUGUCGUCAAUUUAAGUACUUGUUCAACUACACUACCAAUUUCAAAAAUCUGGAAAUGGAAGUUGGUAAGUUGAAGAAUACAAGAGAUGAAGUUGAGCGUAAGAUUAUUGCUGCUGAAAGAAAUGUGGAAGUGAUCAAACAAAAUGUUAAGGACUGGCAGAAAAAUGUGGAGGAGACCAUUACUAAAGCAGAGCAAUUGAUUCAAGAGAAAGAAAACAACUCGCGUUGUUUCAAGGGAUUGUCCCCCAACUUCAUCAUCCACUACAAACAAAGCAGGAAAGCUUUUAAAUUGAAGCGGGAUGGUAUCGAUCCACUCCUCCAGCAAGAAAGGGAAUUGAGUCCAGUUUCCUAUCAAACUAAUCCACCAGAGAUCUGGCUUAGAUCUAGUGAAAAUUAUUUGGCUUUUGAAUCAAGAAACUCCACUGUAAAGAAUGUAUGGGAUGCUUUAAAUGAUGAGAAUGUCUUCAUGAUUGGUGUUUAUGGGAUGGGUGGUCUUGGGAAGACCACGCUUGUAGAGGAACUUGGUAGGAAAGCCGAGAAGGAUAAGCUCUUUGAGGACAUUGUUUUUCUUGAGGUUUCAGAGUCUCCUGAUGUAAAGAAGAUUCAGACAACAAUUGGAAACAAAUUGGGUCUAAAAUUCAAAAACGAAAACGAAAGUGAAAUGGCAAAUAAGAUAUAUUCAAGAAUGAAGGACAAGAAUAUUCUUCUAAUUCUAGAUAACAUUUGGAAACCUCUAGAAUUUGAAAAGACUAUGGGAAUUCCUUGCGGAGCUGAUCGCGGAAGAAAUAAACUUUUGUUCACAACAAGAAACUUAGAUGUAUUGGAGAGGAUGGGUUCCACAAAUAAUAUCGGGAUGGGCAUUUUAAAUGAAGGAGAAGCUUGGACCCUAUUCACCAAAAUGGCAGCCUUGACAGGUAGAUUUGUUGCAAAACUUUUAUUUGUAUCUUUUAUUGCUUAACUCAUAAAAUAUUAAAGUAAUUAUUUGUCAUUAAAAAAUAAACUUAUUUAUGA